AUGGCGAGCAGCAUGCAAACACUGAAGAACGGUGACGAAGCAACUGCCUUUCGCCAGGCGAAAGGCAAAAAGGCGCUUCUCUUCAUUCAAGCCGCCCACGGACCCUCGCAGCAAAUGCAAGAAGUCUUUGAAAACUUCCAAGAGGAUUUUCCCGCCGUGGCUUUCGGCGUUGUGGAUGUGACGAGCAACAAAUGCUUUGCUCACGCCUGCAGCGUAACCGAGGUCCCGAGCACGCUCUUCUACGAAGAUGGCGAGUUCCUGGGACGAUUGGUCGGUGCAGUCCCACCCUCGGUGGCAAAAGCUCUGACUGCCUGGACGCAUGCGGAUCGAUCCACGCUCCUAAACUCCCUUAGGGAAAUGCAGCCUGCGCAUCAGCCAGCGCCGCGAGACACAGAAGUGCCGCUCCAGGAGAGACUUGCCAGUCUCGUGAACAGCCAUCCCGUGAUGGUUUUCAUGAAGGGGAAACGCGAAGCGCCUUUCUGCCGAUUCAGCAAGCAGCUGAUGGCGAUCUUCGCCGAGAAACGACUCGUCCACUUUGGCGCCUUCGAUGUCUUCGACGACGAAGAAGUCCGCGAGGGGCUAAAAACCUUCUCCAACUGGCCUACCUAUCCUCAAGUCUACGUCAAGGGCGAACUGAUUGGCGGAGUCGACAUCAUUCGCGCGCUGUGUGAAGACGGUUCCUUUACCGAGGUGUUCCCGCCGGAGGCCUUCGCCUGA